CAAUUUUUUCUUAUUACCAAUUUCUUAAUUUCUUAUUUCUUAUUAAUUAUUUAUUUAUUUAUUUAUUUAUAUUUUAGUUUUUUCUUCUACUACUAAGAAAAAAAAAAAAAUAAAUAAUAUAAAUUUAAAUUUAAAUUAAAAUUUAAAUUUAUUUUUUAUUUUUUUAAUACAUUUUAUAAUAUCAUAUGAUAUCUAGGUUAACAUUUAGAAAUAUUAAUAAUAUCAAAAUAUAUAAUAGAUUUAUAAAAUCCACCAGUUUAUUAAAUAAUAGUCAAACUGUCAAUAAUUACAUUCCUACAGGAUUAAACCAACAGUAUAGUUUUAAUAAUAAUCAUAACAUCAACAACAACAACAACAACAACAACAAUAAUAAUAAAUCAUUUUGUACCAUUACCAAAAAUAAACUUUUAAACGUUACAAAAGAAAUGAGUGUUACAAGUAGAAAACUAACAGAAAAACAAAAGGGUGAUAUAGAGAAAUUUGAUAAUGAAAAUUUACUUGGAAAAGGAAUUUUAAGAGGUGCACCAGAUAUUUUUAAUGGUAUCACUGUCGAAAAUACACAGCAAUAUCCAAAGGACCCAAUCGAAUUUUCAAAAUACCUCGAAAAUAGUAUAAAGUUUUGGAGCGAUAAUAACCGUAGAGGAGUUUGGUUAAAGAUACCCCAAUCACACUCAAAUUUAAUUUCAAUAGCGGUAGAAAAAGGAUUUGAAUUCCAUCAUUGCCAACUCGAUUAUUUAUUGUUAACCAAAUGGUUACCAUCACCAGAAAGCAACGAUCCAAACAAAUUACCACAAUAUACAUCACAUUUCAUUGGUUGUGGUGGUGUUGUAAUUAACGAUAAGAAAGAAAUUUUGUUAAUCACCGAGAAACAAAGACCCGAUAAGUGGAAGAUUCCAGGUGGUUCAUUAGAUUCAGGUGAAGAUAUUUGUGCUACUGCUGUUCGUGAAGUUUUUGAAGAAACUGGUGUCAAAACAGAGUUUGUUAGUAUUUUAGGUUUCAGACAACUCCACAACUAUGCCUUUAAUCGUGGUGAUAUUUAUUAUAUUUGCGCUCUUAAACCAAUUUCCGAAGAAAUCAACAUUGAUCCACACGAAAUUGCCCUAUGCAAAUGGGCUCCAGUCGAAGAAUUUGUUUUAACUCAAUCAACAUUCCCAUUACAACAAGCUGUUUCCCAAUUGGCACACGAAUAUGCUUUCAAUGGUUAUAAAGGAUUUAAAGCAUCUGAAGUUGCAAAUAGUUUAAAACCUGGAAAUAGUUUUGUUUAUCAUGGUUCAAACUUAGAUUUCACCGAUUUAAAAAAUAAAUUAUAAAAAAAUAAAAAUAAAAUUUUAUAAUCAUUAAAAU